CACACAGCUAGCCGAGUGUACGAGGGAUCUGAGUCCUGAGCUCAGAGCCAGAGGGAGCGUUUGUGCUGAGUGUGGAGGGAUUGGUGAAGCACAGCAGCAUUGGAGGGUUGGACUCGGAUCUGGUUAGACAGGACAGGGCUGAAGUGGCCUCUUUUCUUGUCCAAACUUCUGAGCAAGCAUAAUGAAGUUCCUGUGCACAAGGAAACAGCUUUGACUUUAUGCUACAGAAGCGAGAAGAUCUGGAGAUCUCAAUCUUGAGAGGGGAUACGUCAUUACAUUGACACAGCACAAAAUGAUCUCGUCACGUCUGGUGAAAACAGCUAAGCAGUCACGGAAGGAGCUGCCGGGGGAUCGCUCCACGAUGCUGAUCGUGGGAGAGAGGCUGAUGAGAGCCGGCAGUGAGGGAAAUCUGCUGAGAUCCACACCGAUCCAACACCAGGAGCUUCAGGAGCACAGCCUGAAGGUGAUCACCAAACAAGAGAAGGUGAGGAGUGAGCAGAGGCUGUGCUCGGCAGAGGAUGUGGAUAAUCUGGACAGGAAGACAAGCAGCAGGGACGAGGGUGACCAAUUGAACCCCUGGUCCCCUUGCACGCUUCCUCGAAAGCACACGUUCACCAUGCAGGUACAGAAUACAGAGCAGCGUAGAGAGGCCUUUCUGGAGCUCCUGAAGCAGAAAUACCCUCAUCACGCGUCUGCUAUUGCCGGACAUCAGGAGAGACUCCGAGAUCACAUAAGGACUCACAGUGUUUUAGGAGAACAGGGGUGUGUGAGAGAGGUCAUGACUGAAGGAGAACCGCUCACGUCCUUCAUGCGGGGCAGCCGCACUCGUGCCAGCCUCCCUGUCGUCAGGUCCAGCAACCACACCAAGGAGCGCUCGCUGGGUGUUCUGCACCUGCAGUACGGUGAGGAGACGAAGCAGAUCCUCAUGCCUAACGAGGUGUCGAGUGCUGAUACCGUGCAUGCUCUGUUCGUCAGCGCUUUCCCUCAGCAGCUCACGCUCAACAUGCUCGAGUCGCCCAACAUGGCCAUCUACAUGAAGGACCACGCCAGGAACAUCUACUAUGAGCUCACUGACGUCAGGAGCAUCACACCAAACUCCUACCUGAAGGUUUAUCACAAGGAUCCCAAUCAGGCUUUUAAUCACAACUCGAAACACAACAACGGAGACACCAGAAUUACUCGUGAGAGACUUUACAGCUCCAGACAGCAGCAGGCUGGUGGACAGUUGAUGGGUCACACACUUCCUACACCCCAAAGUCCCAUCCAGGGUCCUCAGGGCUCUCUGUCUCCACCACUGGCCCGUUCAGUUCCCUCUUCACCAUCGCGAUUCACCUACAACUCUCGCACCAUGCCAGGUGGGGCCACGCUUCCCCGCGAUCGUGUGUCCAGCAUACCGUGUUCCAGCGCCAUCCUGGAGCGACGGGACGUCAAACCAGACGAAGACAUGGACUCAUACGGCUUUCCCGAGGCACGCCUAAGCAUGGCCGACUCCCCCGACGGCGCUGUCUUCCACCAUCACUCCCUUUACAGGCAAAAAUCUCGCAAGUACAGUGACAACCCACUAAGCCCGAAGAAUCAGAAAACUCCGCCUCCUUCACCUCACAGGGUCAACGAAGUCAGGAUGAUCGACAUCCACCCGGGACAAAACACACACAUGAUGGUGGAGAGGACUUCAUCCCUCCGGAGAUCUUUCAGGAAGGAAAGCAAUGGGACUUUGGAGGUGGCAUCGAGGCCCAGAGGAAGCGUGACGUCCCCCGUGUUCGCGGAUUUACACGGAGGUGGACCUUUCCAGGGCCUCGUACCAUCAGCAGAUCCUCAGAGCAAGCGCAUGAAGGUCAUGGAGCAGCAGUUAGCCAGCCUCACUGGCCUCGUUCAGCACGCGCUUUUCAAAGGGACGAAUGCUAGCGGAGGAAAAGAGACAGUGAGUGAGAAAUUGGUCUCAGAGCCUCUCGCUCAAAACACAAACACUGGAGGACUCUCCCCCGUGGCUGUGUGUAAGAGUCCCACUUUUCAGUCUGAGCCUCUUGUGCCUCCUUCAGCCAGAGACCCGGCUCUGAGCCUACUCCUGUCCACCUUCCACAAAAAUGUCUCCAGCCUCCGCCAGCAGCUCCAUCAUAUCCGACAGGCACAGCUGCAGAACCAGGUGGCGAUGAGGACGAUGCUAAAGCAGGCGGAAGAGGAACUGACUGUGAGAAUGUGCGAGAAGCUGCAGAUGCUGGACGACCCGCUGAAGAAGCAGAGGAUGGAGGUGGACGAGGAGAGACGCAGAUAUGAGGUCAUGGAGGAGAACAUGCUGCUCCAGCUGGGGGAUCUGGAGAUGCACGUGGAGCAGCUGAAGAUGAACUCCAGCUCAGCUCAGAGAGCCGUCACACUGCGGGACGUGGAGGACGGAGCGGUUAAUCUGAGGAAAGUCGGCGAGACGCUCGCCACACUGAAGGGGGAGUUCCCAGCUCUGCAGUCAAGAAUGCAUUCGGUGUUGAGGAUGGAGGUAGAGGCUGUGCGCUUCCUGAAGGAGGAACCUCAGAAGAUGGACAACAUGCUGAAAAGGGUUAAAGACCUGACCAAGACGCUCAGCAGCCUCAGGAUACAAGCUACAGAAGGCUCCCUCUCCGCUGAGCCAAUUUCCACGAAGCCCGAAUCACCUGAUUCUCCCAGAGACUCGGCCACAGAUCAGCAGCUUUUAUGUUCAAGCCCCGCCCACUUUACCAUCACCUCUUCAUCUAAUCCCAACAACAGUGAGCUUGUCUCAAUAUCUUCCUCCUCACCCAUCAUGGCACAGAGGUCCUGCAGUUCAGAGCUGGUCCCGAGCCUUAGCCAAGAUGCCCCUGCUGUCAUCUCAGUGACCGCAAGAGAUGUCCAGAACAAACUGCUGAGCUGCGGAGAAAGCACUGAGAGAGACGAGGCAGUGGACAGGAGACAGGCUGAGGAAGAAGCAGACAUGGAGCGCAUUUUACAGCAGGCUCAAGUCAACCUGAUGAAGAAUAUUCCUGACCUGGAGCUGAAAAAUCAGGCUGAUGUUCAUCAGGCUUGCAUCCAGCCUGAUGAAGUGGACACACCUCGGUCUCCACAUCCAGAGGCCACCUCUCCAGCCGAACCAGUAGCAGACAAACCAGUCCAAACCAGCUUGGAGUGUGUACAUAGAACUCCUAAAGAGAAGCCACAAAAAGCCAGUGUGGACAGAGCAGCACCCAGUCAGGAUGGAGCAAACAAAUCUCCACCCCCUGCUCCACCUCGAAGAUUCCCCAUGUCAGCGACAGGACUGACGACCGGACGUUCUGGGGAGGUCCUCUUCACCACUCGCCAGGACCCCGCCCCCCCUCAGGAGCGAGAGAAGGAGGAAGCUCUCCAGUCCAAACCCCAGCGAGUUCGUCCAGAGUUGAAACCCAAACCACGCACACUUCCUCCGAUCAACACACGUGAAGAGGAGGAGGAACACGAUGAAGAUAAGAUCAUAGCAGAACUGCAGGUGUUUGAGAAGUGUCCUGUUAAAGACUUAGAGCCCAGAUACAUUGUUGACCUGACCACCCACGUGCUCCCAGACCAAGAGCUGGAGCCCGCCUUCUCUCUUUCCUCGUUUGACCCAAAGAACUCUGCUCUCCAUUGCGAAGAUGGAAAAAACACUCCUCUUGCUUCACCUGGAUCUGGGAUCAUAUAUUACAUUACUGGCUCAGCAAAAACAGCCAGCAACAAUCCACUCGGAGGAUCUGAAGUCCAAAGCGAGCCCGGGGAAGGAGUGAUUUCCUUGUCUAAGGUGGCGCAUCUGAAUUCUCCUGAUUUUACUCAACAGCCAAACGUAUUAAUGCCAUCUGGCUUGAAUUUAGAUUCCCCUGAAUCAGCAGAAGAAAGCCUAAAAGGGUCAACUGACACUCAGAAGGAUAUCAGCAGUGACGGUGAGGAAGCAAAUAUUCCAAAAAGUAUUGCUAGCAAGCCAGAGGAUCACUUGUUGGUUUCUUCUGAAAAUCUCAUUAAUGGCGCUGAGAAACCAUCCAGCAAUGGAUCUGAAGUUAACGUGGCUAAUUCAACUGUACAACAAGAAACUUUGGUGCCAUCAGAAGAAACUGGGUACCAGGAGGAGACACGGGUGGUGGUAAUGAGAACGUCUAAGGGUAGAAACGGAUACAAUGAGGAGACUAGCUUGAGCCCUGACCUUCCCCCAGAGGAACCUCAACCUCCACCUGAUAACAUUGCCUUUAUGAUUACCAAAACCAGAGUGCAGGCUCUGUCCACUGGAGAAUACCAGCAGCUUGUGAGCUCCACAGAACAAGACGUUGAAACUGUUAAAGUAGGAACGGAUGAGACUGUGUCCACCCAAGAGGAUGGUGAGUUCAGUAAAAAACCAGUCAUCAUUGUCUUUGAUGAGCCCAUGGACAUCCGACAGGCCUACAAGCGUCUCUCCACCAUCUUCGAAUGUGAAGAAGAGCUGGACAGGACUCUCUCAAAGGAGCGCAUCAUCGAGGAUACUGAGGAGAUCAGUGAGGAAGAGGUGACCAAGGAUAGGGUUGGCCAUCAGUUCAAGUCCAGCAGUAAAUCAGACAACACUAGGGGUAAUCAUCUCCAAGUACCUGGUCAAGAGCAGAAACUCAUUGAUUGCUCUUCUGUGGUGUCGGAGGAUGUGUCCCAAGUAGACCUCCCCAGUGACGGCAAGCAAGAAGCUAAAAAAAAGUUUAAGUUCAAGUUUCCAAAGAAGCAACUGGCAGCUAUCGGCCAGGCCCUUCGUACUGGUACAAAAACAGGCAAGAAAACAUUGCAGGUGGUUGUUUAUGAGGAUGAGGAGGAACCAGACGGUACGCUGAAGGAAGCAAGAGAAGCCAAGAGAUUUGAGAUUAAAGCCAGUAUAGACACUACCAGUCCUGACGUCUCGGCCGGUGAGACAACGGAAUCCCAGACCAUCAGCCAGCAACCCUCUGCAGGAAGGACUAAUGAGAUCUGCCAAACUGCAUACAAAACCUUAGACAGCCUGGAGGAGACAAUUAAGCAACUAGAAACCACAAUCACAAAUAUGGACCCUGCACUGUCCCCUGACACCUCCUGUAAAGAUCAGAAUGUCAAAAGAGCCACAGAGAACCAAGCUGCACAGGCUGAAAGCAGUCCUUCAAGGAAACCAGCUCCUCUAGGGCCAAAGCCUCAGAAGCCUCCUCAGAGGAAGAAGUCCAAAGUGCAAUGCGUUCCUCUACCUUCUUCCUCCUGCAGCACUAAACAGAACACCAGUGGUUCAUCUUCUACAACCCGAGUUGCCUCGCCCAGGUCACGGCAACAAGCUGGAAGUGUGGAAAAACCUCCAAAACCACCAAAGCUCCAGGACUCCCAGAGCCAGUUCAGACAGGUAGUUUUAUUGUAAAGCUACCUGCAUGCAGGAUGUCAUUGGCUAAAGACGCAAAUUUGUGCCGAACCUGUCAGUGGUUUUGUUGAGUCAUCAGACAUCGAUCUGCUGUAAUGAGUGAUGGUUAAAGCUUUGAGGUCCUCAUCCGAAGGUUGAUGGUUUAAAGGUCUUUGAGGAAGAUAUUUAACUUUCAAUGGCUCAAUUAAAGACUAAUUUGCUUUGGAGAAAUUAAUAAAUGUUAAAAAAAAAAGUAGUUAUGUAUGUGUAAAUGCGUCACACAAUCUUAGAACUUAACACAAGAAGGACAUCAAAUGAAUACCAAUGUGUAUGGAUAAAUGGGGGAAUUAAUCAUAUACCAAAAUGUUUAAUUUGGGGAAAUACUAGCUUCUGUGAAAUGCCAAAAAUUUUUGCUUGUAUUUUUCUGUUUAGAGAAUGUGGUUAUUACGUGUCUAACCAGCAAGUCUAACCAGCAAAGUAUUUUUGUUACCAUUUACAACUAGGUAUUUAUCUAAAGUAUACUCAUUUACACAUUUGUUAAUUGACAUUCUGGCAUUUACAGGUGGCAACACACACAUCAUAGCUUACAAAAUAUAUAAAUACUUAACCUGCUCUAAACCUGUUAUUUAGUUUUGUACUUAAUCAAGUUCUCUGUGACGUCUUAACCAUGGCGUCUCUGGUGCUUAGUAAAAAGCCAUUUAAUUUUAAAGAGAGCUGCUGAUCUAAGCAGCUAGGGGUGGAGUGAAUAUUGAAGUUGGCACCAGUGAGUGAAUAAGUAACCUAAUAUGGUGUAUGCAAAUGAGCAGAGAAGCAAUAUGAGUGAGAAACCCGUCUUUCUUUGGCUCAGCUGUGAAAUCUUAUCCUUGUUAUCUGCUUCAGUAUGUUCCUUCUCACAGUUCUUGUUUAAUUUUCCCAAAACACAACUGCGUAGGUGUUUUUGUCAUUCUCUUUGUGUACAUGAAGGGUUUCGAUCUUUAAAAAAAAAUGGAAACAUUGCUAUUUCAUGAUCAUUCUGACAAAACUUGCAGCACAUAUGCAUUUCAUACACGUGAUUUUUCUGCCUGAAUUUUAUUUUUAAGAUGCUCUGUAACUAGCUCAUUACAUAUUUUGUUUGUGUGGACAUAUUGUGCUAUAGUGGCCUUACUGGUGAAACCAUGGCAACAGUCCCAAUAGCAAACACUGAAAACAAUUUGACCUUCACAAUGCGAAAUGGCUGCUGGUUUGAGCUUAAGCCUAACACAGUCAUCAUCAAAGGUGGACCCACACUAAGCGUUAUUCUUUUUCUCUUUGCCAGGGUGUCCAGAUCUUUUACAUGCCACUAACCUGUUGUGUUUGAGAGGGUGUUUGGGAUUUGUUGUUUAUUGUGCAUUAUGAUUUAAGGAACUGUCUACAACACUUGCUAACAGUGUAGUGAUGAGUUCUAGUGCUGUUGCUUUCGCUUAGUUUUUCUAUUUGAGGGAAUAGAUUAGAUUGAGAAUUUUUUUUUUUUUUAAGAGUUGCAAGAAUUGCAAGGUUGGAAAAUAACAUACGUGUACAAAAAAAAGUAUGACAUUGUUUUCUUUAUCCUUAUUGUAGAAAGCUGAGAAGAAGCCUAUAGAGGUAAACUGUUUAAUCAGUGUUUUAACUUAAGGGUUUUUCACACUGCCAGAUUCAGUUUUUUUGUUUUUUUUUCUUUUUAAGUAUUUUACUUACACCACCAAAGUUAUAUUUUAGGACUUAUAUACUGUUAGAAUCCACCUGUAGAGAAAGAGUGUGUUUGAUGUUUAAAUAUCUUAUUACUAAAGUAUCCUUAGUAGUUUAGAUAUUUUUGUGCCAUUAAUAGUGUGUUAAACUGCAUACACAAGUGAUGUGUUUAAUAAUAAAAGAAAACUGUGUUCACUUACCUGGCCAAAGUUCUCUGCUAUGCAUGUCUUCUAGGUAUUUCAUCAUAAAGAAUCUCAAGUUUGCACAAAAAAUAAUGCUGUAAAUAUGUUCUUGGGUUUUGUAAAACGUGUACAAAGGCUGUGUGGAGGAACGCUCUUACAAAAGGUGUCUAUGCAAUAAAGGACUGUCACUUA